UGGUUCGAGCGGGUGAGCAUGCUGGUGAUCCUCCUCAACUGCGUCACGCUGGGCAUGUUCCACCCCUGCGAAGACAUCGCCUGCGACUCGCCGCGCUGCCGGAUCCUCCAGAGCUUUGACGAUUUCAUCUUUGCCUUCUUCGCCGUGGAAAUGAUAGUCAAGAUGAUCGCGCUGGGGAUAUUCGGGAAGAAGUGCUACCUGGGAGACACGUGGAACCGCCUGGAUUUCUUCAUCGUCAUAGCGGGCAUGCUGGAAUACUCCCUGGACCUGCAGAACGUCAGCUUCUCAGCGGUGCGCACCGUCCGGGUCCUUCGGCCACUUAGAGCCAUUAACAGAGUUCCCAGCAUGCGCAUCCUGGUGACACUUCUUUUGGACACGCUGCCCAUGCUGGGGAACGUCCUCCUCCUCUGUUUCUUCGUCUUUUUCAUCUUCGGCAUCGUAGGAGUCCAGCUGUGGGCAGGUUUGCUCAGGAACCGCUGCUUCCUACCCGAGAACUUCAGCCUCCCCUACACAGUGGAUUUGGAGCGCUACUACCAGACGGAGAACGAAGAUGAGAAUCCCUUCAUCUGCUCCCAGCCCCGCGAGAACGGGAUGCGCUACUGCCGGAGCAUCCCAACGCGGAGGGAAGAGGGCCUCGAGUGCACCCUGGAUUAUUAUUCUUACAACGACACCACCAACACGUCCUGCGUCAAUUGGAACCAGUAUUACACAAACUGUUCUGCCGGGGAGCACAACCCCUUCAAAGGAGCCAUCAACUUCGAUAACAUCGGCUACGCCUGGAUUGCGAUAUUUCAGGUCAUCACGCUGGAGGGCUGGGUGGACAUCAUGUACUUCGUCAUGGAUGCGCACUCCUUCUACAACUUCAUCUACUUCAUUCUCCUGAUCAUUGUGGGCUCCUUCUUCAUGAUCAACCUCUGCCUGGUGGUUAUAGCGACGCAGUUCUCCGAGACGAAGCAGCGCGAGAGCCAGCUGAUGAAGGAGCAGCGGGUGCGGUACCUGUCCAACGCCAGCACCCUCGCCAGCUUCUCGGAGCCGGGCAGCUGCUACGACGAGCUCCUCAAGUACCUGGUGUACAUUGCCCGUAAAGGCAGCAAGCAGCUCGUGGAGGCGUAUCGGGCGGCGGGGGUGAGGAUGGGCUUCCUCCCCAGCCCCGCCAGCAAGGCAGCAGCUGACAGGCAGGCUGGGAAGCACCGGAGCAGGAGAAGAUCCUCCGUGCACCACCUCAUUCACCACCACCACCACCACCACCACCACUACCACCUGGGCAACGGGAACCUGCUGCCGCCCCGUGCCAGCCCGGAGAUCAGCGACGCGGAAACCGGCUCGCUCCACAACGGGACCAACCGGCUCAUGCUCCCGCCCUCGGCACCAAACCCCCAUGCCGCCGCCGGUGCUGCUCCCGGCAACACCGAGUCCGUCCACAGCAUCUACCACGCCGACUGCCACUUCGAGCCCGUCCGCUGCAGGUCGUCCCUCGCUCAGCCGGGCCUCACCUUGCCGAGCCCAGAAGGGAUCCCCAAGAACAUAGUCGGCAGCAAGGUCUACCCCACUGUGCACCCAAGUACCUCCCACGAGAUGCUGAGAGAGAAAAGCUUAGGAGAGGCUGCAGUCAGCGCGGGGGCCAGCACCCUAACGAACCUUAACAUACCUCCGGGGCCGUACGGCACCAUGCACAAGCUGCUGGAGACGCAGAGUACGGGGUUCUUUUCAGUCCACGUAACAGAUAGAGGCGAUGGCUUUCCAGGGACCUGCAAGCUUUCCAGCCCCUGCACCAAGCUGGACGGCGGCUCUGGCAACCCCGACAGCUGCCCCUACUGCCUCAAGACUCUGGCCAACGACGCAGAGCUCACGGACAACGAGACGGCCGACUCGGACAGCGACGGGGUGUAUGAGUUUACACAGGAUGCCCACUACAGUGACCAGAGAGACCCUCAGCGGGGGAAAGCCCGGGUCAAGAGAGUGAGCCAGAUCCUGGCCUUCUGGCACGUGGUGUGCGAGACCUUCAGGAAGAUCGUGGACAGCAAAUACUUUGGCCGUGGGAUCAUGGUGGCCAUCCUCAUCAACACGCUCAGCAUGGGCAUCGAGUACCACGAGCAGCCGGAGGAGCUUACCAAUGCCCUGGAGAUCAGCAACAUAGUCUUCACAAGUCUCUUUGCCCUGGAGAUGCUGUUGAAAGUCCUCGUUUAUGGUCCUUUUGGCUACAUUAAGAAUCCGUACAACAUCUUUGAUGGGAUCAUUGUGGUGAUUAGCGUCUGGGAGAUAGUGGGCCAGCAAGGUGGGGGGCUCUCAGUCCUGCGGACGUUUCGGCUCAUGCGGGUUUUGAAGCUGGUCCGCUUCAUGCCAGCCCUCCAGCGCCAGCUCGUCGUCCUCAUGAAGACCAUGGACAACGUGGCCACGUUCUGCAUGUUGCUGAUGCUCUUCAUCUUCAUCUUCAGCAUCCUGGGGAUGCACCUCUUUGGCUGUAAGUUUGCUUCGGAGAGAGACGGUGACACUCUGCCGGACAGGAAGAACUUUGAUUCCUUGCUGUGGGCUAUCGUCACGGUUUUCCAGAUUUUGACCCAGGAAGACUGGAACAAGGUCCUGUACAACGGAAUGGCGUCCACCUCUUCCUGGGCUGCUCUCUACUUCAUUGCCCUCAUGACGUUUGGGAAUUACGUUCUCUUUAACCUGCUGGUGGCCAUCCUGGUAGAGGGUUUCCAGACUGAGGAAAUCAGCAAGCGAGAAGACGCGAGUGGGCAGUUAAGCUGUAUUCAGCUGCCUGUCGACUCGUCGGUGGGUGACGCUUCGAAGUCCGAUUCUGAGGGGGAUUUUUUCCCUCACGGCCUGGAAGAAGAGAGUGGACUUAAGAAAAACUUGUCAAAUCCAGCCUUGCUGGCCCUGAGCGACCACCCGGAGCUGAAGAAGAGCCUCACCCCGCCGCUCAUCAUCCACACCGCGGCCACGCCGAUGCCCAUGCCCAAGAGCGCCAUGUUCGGAGACGCGGCGCAGGGCUACGAGUCCCGCCGGGCUAGCGGCGUCUCCAUGGACCUCAACGCUUAUGAGCUCAAGUCACCGUCCAGCAUACGGAGCUCCCCCCACAGCCCCUGGAGCGCCGGCAGCAGCUGGAACAGCCGCCGCUCGAGCUGGAACAGCAUCGGCCGCGCGCCCAGCCUCAAGCGCCGGGGCCAGAGCGGAGAGCGCAGGUCCCUCCUUUCCGGAGAGGGGAAGGAGAGCUCGGAGGAAGGGGACAGCUCGGAUGAGGAACGCUCCAGUCGGGCCGGCAGUUUCAAUGGCUCUUUACCUCAUCGCAUGGAGUCGCUGGAAACGAAAGGCUCCUUCGACCUCCAGGAUACCUUGCAGGUGCCUUCGCUCUACCGAAGCGGCAGCGUGCACAGCAGCCGCACCUCCGCCUCGGAGCAUCACGACUGCAAUGGGAAAACCGCCCCGGGCCCCCUGCUCCAUCAGCUCCACUUAGAUGACCCCCGGCAGGACUGCGAUGACUGCGAUGACGAAGACAACAUGAGCAAAAGGGACCGCAUGAAGGCUUGGAUCCGGACACAUCUCCCCACUUGGUGCAAAGAGAGAGACUCCUGGUCCAUCUACAUCUUCGCCCCUCACUCAAGAUUCCGUCUGAUGUGCAAUAAAAUCAUCACGCACAAGAUGUUUGAUCACAUCGUCUUGGUCAUCAUUUUCCUGAACUGCAUUACCAUUGCCAUGGAACGACCCAAAAUUGAGCCUCACAGCGCUGAACGGAUUUUCCUAACGCUCUCCAACUACAUCUUCACAGUUAUCUUCCUGACCGAAAUGACAGUUAAGGUGGUGGCACUAGGCUUGUGUUUUGGGGAGAAAGCCUAUUUGAAAAGCAGCUGGAACGUGCUGGAUGGCGUGCUGGUUCUCAUCUCUGUUAUUGACAUCCUGGUCUCAAUGGUAUCAGACAGCGGCACAAAGAUCCUGGGGAUGCUAAGGGUUUUGAGGCUGCUGAGGACACUGCGGCCAUUAAGAGUCAUUAGUCGUGCCCAAGGACUGAAACUGGUGGUGGAGACUCUCAUGUCAUCCCUGAAGCCCAUUGGGAACAUUGUGGUCAUCUGCUGUGCCUUUUUCAUUAUCUUUGGGAUCCUGGGAGUUCAGCUUUUCAAAGGGAAGUUUUUUGUCUGCCAGGGGGAGGACACCAGAAACAUCACAAAUAAAUCGGAUUGUGCAGAAGCAAGCUACAAAUGGGUCCGGCACAAGUAUAAUUUUGAUAAUCUCGGCCAGGCCCUGAUGUCUCUGUUUGUUCUGGCCUCCAAGGAUGGGUGGGUGGAUAUCAUGUACGAUGGCUUGGAUGCUGUGGGGGUUGACCAGCAGCCGGUCAUGAACUACAACCCGUGGAUGCUCCUUUACUUCAUCUCCUUCCUGCUGAUUGUGGCCUUCUUUGUCCUCAACAUGUUCGUGGGGGUCGUGGUGGAGAAUUUCCACAAGUGUCGGCAGCACCAGGAGGAGGAAGAAGCCAAGAGGCGGGAGGAGAAGAGGCUUCGCCGGCUGGAGAAAAAGAGAAGGAAAGCACAGUGCAAGCCCUACUACUCCGACUACUCCCGCUUCCGGCUCCUGAUCCACCAGAUGUGCACGAGCCACUAUCUGGAUCUGUUCAUCACAGGCGUGAUCGGCCUCAACGUGAUCACCAUGGCCAUGGAGCACUACCAGCAGCCGAAGGUUCUUGAUGAAGCCCUGAAGAUUUGCAAUUACAUCUUCACUGUUAUCUUUGUCCUGGAGUCUGUUUUCAAGCUCAUCGCCUUCGGGUUUCGUCGCUUCUUUCAAGACAGAUGGAACCAAUUAGAUCUGGCAAUUGUGCUGCUGUCUAUCAUGGGUAUCACUUUGGAAGAGAUUGAGGUGAACGCUUCGCUACCAAUUAACCCCACUAUUAUCCGAAUCAUGAGGGUUCUCAGGAUCGCUCGAGUGCUGAAGUUGCUGAAGAUGGCUGUAGGGAUGAGAGCCCUGCUGGACACCGUGAUGCAAGCCCUGCCCCAGGUGGGGAAUCUGGGUCUUCUCUUCAUGUUGUUGUUUUUCAUAUUUGCAGCUCUUGGAGUGGAGCUCUUUGGAGACCUGGAGUGUGACGACACUCACCCCUGCGAGGGGCUGGGAAGGCAUGCCACCUUUAGAAACUUUGGGAUGGCUUUCCUGACGCUCUUCCGAGUAUCGACAGGAGACAACUGGAAUGGGAUAAUGAAGGACACGUUGCGAGAUUGUGACCAAGAGUCCACCUGUUACAACACUGUCAUUUCACCCAUCUACUUCGUCUCCUUUGUGUUGACGGCCCAAUUCGUCCUGGUUAACGUGGUGAUUGCGGUACUUAUGAAGCACUUGGAGGAGAGCAACAAGGAGGCUAAAGAGGAGGCAGAGCUCGAAGCAGAACUGGAGAUGGAAAUGAAGACUAUCACUCCAGGCCAGCACAGCCCCUCAGACAUCUUUGUUUGGACUGGCAGCAAUGGUGGAGAGAGACCUGAGAGCCCCCGAGGAUGUGCCAAUCCCCUGCAAAUCAAGGUGGAUUCUCAGCUCUCAUUAGUUUACCCUAUGGCGGAUCUCCGCUGCAGAGACCACACGCUGACGCUGUCUCCCGGCAAGGACUUGCUGAGCGUGAGGAAGCCCUCGGUGGGGCGAACCCACUCCCUGCCCAACGACAGCUACAUGUUCCAGCCGCCGGGCGCCGGCCCCCGCUCCCCCUCCCUGGGCGAGCGCAGUCCCGCGCGCCGCAAAGCGCACUCAGGUUCGAAGGCAUCAGUGCAGUCCCAGCCGGCAGACACCAGCUCUCUCCUGCAAAUACCAAAAGACCAUUUUCACCAUGUAAGAGCUCACGAUCCCUGGGUCAGGGAGAGCAAGCCGCAGGUUUCCCAGCCUGUGCACUCCCCUUCCGCUGAGAGGCUGCUCCGCAGGCAGAUGGCGAUAAGGAACGACUCUUCGGACAGCAAGGAGAACGUGCACGUGGAGGUGAGGGAACCCGCGGACCCAGCCGUCCCCACCGUGCCCAAGGAGGAGUCGCCUGGUGCUCUGACGCCCGUGGGAGCGAGUGACCUGGCUGCGUGGAACCGGGCAAGCGUCCGUACGCAGCAGCAGUCCCACAACCAGUGUCAUAUCUCAAAGCAGGCACCAGCAUCGUGCGCUUGUGCGGACUCGUAUCAAGAGACACCCGGAGACUCAGUGGACCAAGACGUAUCUGAAAUAAACAGCUCCUCGGAGCCUUUCGCUUCAGAAACUUGUACAGCCUCGAGUGCCUGUUCAGAGGUUUGGCCUCUCUCUCCUAAGAGGAGCAUAGGCAAUACCGGCAGCGUUACACUGAAGGACCUGAAGAAAUACCACAGUGUAGACACCCAGGGCCUUCUAAAAAAACCGCCCUCUUGGUUAGAUGACCAGAGGAGACAUUCGAUAGAAAUUUGUUCCAUGGAAAACAGCCCUCAGCACCAUUCCACAUCCAGCUCUUCUGGCUUCAUAAGUCAGGUGGUAAGUGAAAUGGAAGGCUUGCAAGGAACGCGGCAGAAGAAAAAACUGAGCCCCCCGUGUAUAUCUAUAGAGGCCCCCGACGGACAGAGUUUGCUACCCGGGGGAGCUCGCAGCAUCUCGCCUGCCGGUGCAGAGAGCUGCCUGAGGCGGCGUGCGCCGUCCUGCGACUCCAAGGACUCAAUGGACGCAGGGGAGCCGCUGCUUCCAGACAGUACGUCAGCAUCUCCGGCCCCAAAGAAAGACCUGUUGACACUUCCUAGCUUUUCCUUUGAUCAAACGGAAAUGGACCCCUGAGUUACUCU